UAGCCGGCAGAACCACGGGGUUCUCACCAGCCAGACCCAUUUCCAACACGAAUCCAGCCCAUAAUGGGGUAUACGCGUUCUUCGCCUCGUUUCAAUGUCUCUCCUGAGAGAGUGUCCAUGAUGAAGUAGACUGCGUCAAGUCUUCCAUUUUUUCUUUUCCUAAUUCUCACUUCACCAUUUCUGGUUACAAUCUCAAUCCAAUCUCUAUUUCCUCAGUUUUUCUUCUUCCUUCUCUUUCAGAUUCCAUUCCAAAGGGCUUCUUUAUUAAUUUUAAUUUUUAGUUUUUCCAUCCAUUUUUCCACUACCACGCCACCCUCUGAUUUCAAUCUGAAAAGGGUUUCCUCUGAUUCCUCUUCCUGUAUUCACGUUCCCCCCAAUUUUUCCAUCGAAGGUGUGUGUUUGAGAGUGUUGCAGCUCGAUCACAAUGAGAACACACGCUAUGCUGUUACUUUUAUUGUUGCCUAUGGUUAUAUCUGAUGUUUCUGACGCCUCCUUUGUUCUGAAACUCCGAAAGUUGAUUGCUCCUGAUCCUAACGAUGCCAAACCAAAGGAUCCAAACCCUGUUGGUGGAACCAACACGGUCAAUAGGGAUAGUCCUGUUUCCCCAGUUCCACAACCACAACCACAAGCUUUACCCACAGUGGGUAAUGCAAAUGAUGGACAAAAGAAUUCAGUUCCUCCUCCGAACGUACCUCCUCCACCGAAAAAGGAUGGUGAUGGCGGUGAUAAGGAUCAGAAACAAGGGAAGGUGGAAAAUAAGGGAAAACUUUCACAUUCUACCACCACUGAGACUUGUGAGGGGUUGAACAAGUGCACAGAUGGUGGCGACUUGCUUGCUUGCGUUUUAAAAACUGAUCCCAAAUACUUGGUUGUUCUUCUUCAAAACAAAGGAGAUGGCAUCAUCAACGUGAAGCUUCGUAAUGAUUUUGAAAAUAUUCCUGGAGAUAUAGAAGUUGACAAAAAUAAAACGGAAAAGAUCAACAUCACACGAAGUAGCAGCGAAAGUACCCAAUUGACUUUGUAUGCUGGAAAAGAGGAUUGUGUGCUUCACCUGCUUCAUAAACCUGAAAAUAACUUUUUUCUGCGUCUUCCUUCUUAUGACAAAGUUUUAACUCCAGUAAACGGUGCCUAUUUCCUCAUAUUGAUGGUCCUAAUGAUUGGAGCAACAUGGGUUUGCUGCGCUUUUAGGAAGAAACGUCAGAAUGAGAUUCCAUAUCAAGAGCUUGAAAUGGCCCUGCCUGAGUCUGCUGCAGCUGCCCAUAUGGAAUCUGCUGAAGGUUGGGAUCAGGAUUGGGAUGAUGAUUGGGACGACAAUGUGGCAGUGAAAUCACCGGCAGCACUUGCAGCAAGCAUUUCGGCAAACGGCCUUACUUCUAGAUCAUCAAACAAAGAUGGAUGGGAGACUAACUGGGAUGAUUAGUUAUCAGCAGGCAAAAGAUAAGGGAAUUGGUAUAACGUUUAACCUCAAAGUAGAAAAGAAGGAAGAAAUGGAAGCAGAAAGCAGGUGAAGCACAAGAGUCGGGGAUGUGACCAAUUUUGAUGCGUGUCCAUGGAAGGGACACAAAAAGGAAAGAGGAAGUGUAAUAGUCAUAACACAUUGGAUUUUUGUAUUGAACGUGUAAUACUGAGAGACUAAAGAAACUGUAAAUGAAAAUAUAGGAGGUAAAGUAUAUUUUGGUUUUGUCAGAUUUAUUAGACAUACUAUUCUUGUGAUCUCAAAAAUAAGAACUUUUGUAGGCUUCUUUGAGGCUAGUUUUUCUUCAAAAGGUGAUUUCUGAAA